UUGGAAAAUCCCUCACUGGCUCGUGUCUCUCACUCUCUCGUUCUCGCUCCCAAUCUCACUCUCGCUCCCGAUCUCAACCUCUCUGCGAUCUCGUUCUCUCGUUCUCGCUCUCCCGAUCUCACUCUCCCGAUCUCGUUCUCUCGUUCUCGCUCUCCCGAUCUCGCUCUUUCGUUCUCGCUCCCGAUCUCAACCUCUCUGCGAUCUCGUUCUCUCGUUCUCGCUCUCCCGAUUCAUGGAGUGGCUCUUUCUUCCCUCUUCAUUCAGGCUACUGCUAUAAGUGGAUACACUAGCAACUCUGCUUCUGCCAAGAAGUGCAGAAAGAAGAAGGUAAAAAAUAUAGGAUUUACUGGCGUUUUCAGGUUGAUUUUUAAGCCGCUAGUUAAUGAAUUUCCUGGCUUUGCAGCAGUAUGUUAUUCAUUGAGGCAGAAGGCAUCAGCGCUCCUCACCGCCACACGCUUAUUUUCCAGAAAUUGGCCCAACGUAGAGAGCAGAAAAAUGCACAUAGAAAGAUAUUCUGACAGGAAGAGGACCAUGUUUACUCGUGAUUCUCUGUCGCAGGUUUUAAUGUUCGACAAUUUUCCUAAGGAAUUGACACAAGGUACAUCGAAGCGGAUGGCAAGCCGAAAAUUUUUUCAAUGGAACCCAGAGGCAAAUUUAGAGAAGAAGCUAGAUUUCUUCGAACAAAAAGAGAAAAGGAACCAGGGCCGAGAGGAUGAAGAUGAAGAUGAAGAUGAAAAGAAAGAUGAUGAAGAUGAAAAGAAAGAUGAUGAAGAUGAAGAUGAAAAUGAAGAGAGCGAUGACGAUUUCGGUGGUGAUGAUUACAAUCAGGGUGAAUAUCGUGAUGACGAUGAAGAUGAUUAUAAUGAAGUGGAUGAGGGGGAAGAUAUCUUCUAGCAUAUAUCCCUAUGGACAAGAAUGAUAAUCUCUACCAUUCUGUGUCAGCUUCUAAACCAGCACAACACUAUAGCUUCUUUAACAAGUUGGAGAUUCAAAUUAUUCCUUGGCCUUUUCUUGCUUCUAGGAUUUUACUUGCCCCUAUUUCAACUUGCUCAUUUACAUAUAUAUAGUGUCUACCUUCUUGUAAAUCUUUAGUUUUAAAAAUGUACUAUAAUGCUUGACAAUUAAGAAGUGUGGUUGAUAGAGAAGUUGAAUAAGUUUAUCUCAUGUUCGCUUUUAUUUGAAUAUCUAUUCCAUCAUGCAUCAAAAGAAUUGGGUUUGGUUUCUUACCUUUCCUCAUUUCCUGCAAUCUUGCAUUACCUGGAUGCAAUCAUUUACUGAAUAAUGAGUAAUUUUGAUUUUUUUCAAUUGGAUCUUUUAAUUAAACGAUGUUAUUUUGGGACUUCACAUUUCAAUCCAAUGCUAAUUGAUCCAAAGUCAGUGUGAUUACUGGUGUUUGGAUGGAGAGAAGAAAAUGGAAGGAUGGAAUAUAAGUGGAAAGGAAUAAGAGGAAAGGUUGUAAGUGGAAAAAGAUUGUUGGUAUUAAUACAAAUAGUUACAGUCUCCGGUGGCCAGGAAAUUAUUCAACUGAUCAAAAUAACUACCCCACAGAGCAUAGUUGAUUUUCACCCUGCAUAUUAAAUAUCAAAAGUAAAUAGUGUAUGGAUUUAGUUUGCAGAUAAGUUGUAAGUUCUAUAAAUUGGUACCCUCAAUUGUCAAUCUCUAUGGCAAUCAUUUUUUUUUAUACUUGUAGAAUAUGGAAUAUAAAAAAGAUCUCUUACAA